AUGGGAGGAAACUACACACAGCCCAGAUUCAUCCUCCUGGGAAUUACAGACACUCCCUGGGCGCAGGCCCCUCUUUUUGUGCUCUUUCUGUUGAUUUACAUCGUCACUUUGGCAGGGAACAUUGGGCUGAUGGUCUUGGUUUGGGUGGCUCCCAGCCUCCACACCCCCAUGUACUUCUUCCUCACCCACCUUUCCCUGGCCGACGUCUGCUAUUCCACCGUCAUCUCCCCCAAAAUGCUCACAGAUCUGUUAUUUGGGGAUAAAACCAUUUCCUGGGCCGGCUGCGUGACACAAUUCCACCUCUUUGCUCUCUUUGUCACGGCCGAGUGUCACCUCCUGGCCGCCAUGGCCUACGACCGGCACGUGGCCAUCUGCCACCCCCUGAGCUAUGUCCUGGUGGUGUCCCCCCGGGCCUGCUGGCAGCUGGUGGCCUGGUGCUACCUCGUGGCCUCCCUCAGCGCCCUCCUCUACACCGGCUGCACAUUUGGGGGCUCCUUCUGUGGGCCCAACCAUGUUGAUCACUUCUUCUGUGACGCCAGCCCUGUGCUGAGGCUGGCGUGCUCCGACACCCGCGGCUGCGAGGCCGCCAUCUUCGCCCUGGCCGCUGCCAACGGGCUGGGCACCAGCGUGGUCAUCCUGCUCUCCUACGGCCGCAUCCUGCACGCCAUCCUGGGCACGAGCUCGGCGCCCAGCAGGGCCAGAGCCUUCCGCACCUGCGCCUCCCACCUGGCGUCUGUGGCUGUGUUCUACGGCUCCCUGUUCUUCAUGUACCUGCAGCCGGCGUCACAGCACGGCAGCCGGGACAAGGUGGCCUCUGUCUUCUACACCGUGGUCAGCCCCAUGCUCAACCCUUUCAUCUACAGCCUGAGGAACAGGGAGGUGAAGGCAGCGCUGGGGAGGGUGUGGAGAAAGAAAAGGGUUUUAAAAGUCUGGAGGCCCCAAAAACGUUUUGGUGCCAUGAUUAACUGGGAGGAGUAA